UUUGAUAUAUGUUAAAAAGGGGGAAAAAAACUGUUUUCACUUCAAAAUAUUCUAAAAAUCACAAUGCAACUGAUUCUGGCAAAGUGGAAUUCCUUUUAUCAGCAUAGCAGGUUUGUCUUCUCUACAGUCUUCAGUCAACAUUUACCCAAACGUACUAUUGUGUAGGUUACAGAAGCCACUGACAAAGAUUAUGUGCUGAUUAUUGGAUACCCCCUUCUCACAAAAUUAGUUACAACUGUCGUUUGGCUAAAAAAAAAUAAAAAACACACAGCCACUAUAAGAGAAACCAUUCUGGGCUAAGCUUACUACCUUGUUUUAAUAUUCAAAGUUCAAGAAUUGGGAAUAAAAGAAAAUACCAAGUUACUAUUAGUCAUGGAAAGAGCAUUGGAAUGGUUAAGGCCACUUGUUGAUUCCAAGAAUUGGGAAUAUUGUGUUGUUUGGAAGUUGGGUGAUGACCCUUCAAGGUUUAUAGAAUGGAUGGGAUGUUGCUGUUGUGGAGCUAAUGGAGUUGAUUUCAAUGUGAAGAAAGAAAAUGGUGGAAAGCAGAAAUUUACUACUCUGUGUAAAGAUAGCCAAAAGCAGCACCCUAUUAGAACAAAGGCUUGUGAGGCUUUGGCUCAUUUUCCUCUUUCUAUUUCCCUUUAUGCAGGGAUUCAGGGAGAGGUUGUAACAUCAAAUGAACCAAAAUGGAUUAAUCAUGCUGAGAUUUCCAAUUCAAAUUUGUCACAUUACCCUUGGCAGGAACUAAAGGGUACCUUGGCGUUGAUCCCAGUUGCUGGUGGACUGGUUGAGCUGUACAAUUCAAAACUGAUAUAUAAAGAUCAAAAGACGAUUGAUUUCGUUAUCAAUCGCUUCAAACUUGGUUCAGGAGAAGCCAAUAGUUCCACUGCAACGAAAGAAGAUCAAGCUCAUGAUUCCUUUCCCUAUGAGAAAUUGAACUUUUGUGCUCCUCCCCUGCAAUAUACUACAAGUUUUCCUUCAAGUGCACCUCAUAUUUCUCAAGUAUCUGAAUUUAGUCCUAAUCCUAGCAUUCAAGGAUCAUCCACUGGUUCCAUUCCUUCAAAUGAACUUACCUUGUGUCAUUCACCUUCUGACCAUUUAUCGAGAAAUGUACCUUUAAGCCAAUCUAUUGAAGGUUAUUUUGAGCACACAGAGCUUCAGUGCAGUGGAAACUUGUCAAGAAUGGAAGGCACUGGUUGGAAGCAAGAAAACUAUAUGAUUGCAGGAGAUAUCUUCGCAGUGGGCAAGAAAAGACAGAAAGGACCUUAUCAGUCGAAGAAUCUUGUCACGGAGAGAAAACGAAGGAACAGAAUUAAAGAUGGUCUUUUUUCUCUUCGAGCUCUAGUUCCCAACAUCUCUAAGAUGGACAAAGUUGCAAUACUUGGAGAUGCAAUCGACUAUAUAAAUGAAUUGCAAGAAAAAGUGAAGUUAUAUGAGGCUGAACCCAAUGAAAUAGAAGCAGAAAUUACCAGCAAUGGAACUACUGAAGUGGUUCUAUCGGACAUGAGUGAAAUGUCAAAAGUUACUGGACCAACAAAUGAGAAAAAACAAAUUUCAAUUAAUACAACUGAAAGGGCAAGAAUUGAGGUAGAAAUGAACCAAAUUGGUGCAAGAGAGUUUCUGUUGAAGGUCUCUGGAUCACAUAAACCAGGAGGAUUUACUCAGUUGAUGGAGGCUAUGAAUUACUUAGGACUUGAUGUAGUAAAUGUGAGUUUUACCACUUCCGGAGGAGAGAUCUUGUGCAUUUUCGUAGCAGAGGCAAAUGUGGACGGAGUUCUUGAUGCUCAGAAGGUGAGAUCCUCACUAAUUGAACUGACAAGUUGAACAUAUAUAUGUUUUGUUGAGCCAUAUAUAAACUGCUUAGUAUGUCAAUCAUUUGAAUUAUUAUAGCUACUUAGCUUGUGGAGAUCAAUCAUUUGACUAUGUAUAAAGAUAGAGGAUGAUCUCAACUUGUGAACUAAUGUGAAUUGGAUUUUAAGAGUCUUCAGGUAUGCAAACAUGUGAACACAUUUUGAUAUUGGAAGAAAAAAUCUCGCGUUUAUAUAAAUGAAAUGAAUAUGUAAUAUGUGUUUUCACAUAGUUAUAUUAAUGCAUAUUUUCAUCUAAAUUUCGCACUUAACCACCAUUAUUAAUAUAUUUUAGCAUAAACACAUC